UUUCUUGAUGGAGAGAUUUGAAGAGAGAAAGAAUAAUUGAGGCUGAAAAGGGAAAGGAAAAAAGAAGAAAACAAAGAAGAAAAAAGAGUGAAAUGUGGAGAGAGCCUUGUAUGAAAGGCCACACAGACCUACUAUAACAAUCAACUAUCUCCAUCUCUCUCUCUCUCUCUCUUCCUUCUUCCCAAAAUCAACCUUUUUUCCCAAAUUUCUCAACCAUCUGGACGCAUUCCUCUCAAAUUUAUCCUAACAAACAGAAAGGAACUUCAAAUUCUUUGAAUCGUUUCUUCGAUCAACUGUAUAUUGCAGAUCAGCCCAUCGAUCAAUCAAUUAAAAUUAAUCAUGUCGUGUUCAUCGUCAUCUGGGUCGGAGGAGGAAGAUGAGGACUUGGAUUGCUACAGGAAAGGAGGCUACCACGCAGUUAGAGUCGGCGAUACGUUCUCCGGCGGUCGAUACGUCGCUCAACGGAAACUCGGAUGGGGACAGUUCUCCACCGUUUGGCUUGCUUAUGAUACCCAAACAUCUAAAUACGUUGCACUCAAGAUCCAAAAAAGCGCACCCGAAUUUGCCCAAUCCGCCCUCCACGAAAUCCAAGUCCUAUCCACACUUACCGAAAACGACCCUGAAAACAAAAAAUGUGUUAUAAGAUUACUUGACCAUUUCAAACACACAGGUCCAAACGGUCAACACCUGUGCAUGGUCCUCGAGUUUCUCGGCGACAGUAUUCUCCAAUUAAUCCGAUACAAUCGUUACAAAGGCCUUCCUUUAAACAAAGUCCGCGAAAUUUGCAAAUGCAUACUAACUGCACUCGAUUACAUCCACCGUGAACUCAACAUCCUCCACACUGACCUAAAACCCGAAAACAUCCUCCUAAUUUCCACAAUUAACCCUUCAAAAGACCCCAUCAAGUCAAAAACUGAGCCCGUGUUGAACAAGGUAGAGGGGAAUGUGAACGGUGGGGUGGCGCUUAAUGCCAUUGAGAAGAAGUUAAAGCAACGGGCGAAAAGGGCGGUCGCGAGGAUAUCUGCGAGAAGGAUAUCGAUGGGAGGGGUAAAAGCGGAAAAAGCGGAAAGAUGUGUUGAUGGGAUUGAUUUUAGGUGUAAAGUUGUUGAUUUUGGGAACGCGUGUUGGGCGAGUGCACCGAUGGCGGAGGAGAUACAGACGAGACAGUACAGAGCUCCGGAGGUGGUUUUGCAGUCCGGGUAUUCGUUUGCAGUUGAUAUGUGGUCGUUUGCGUGUACCGCGUUUGAGCUUGCUACCGGGGAGAUGAUGUUUGCUCCCAAACCAGGACAAGGGUUUAGCGAAGAUGAGGAUCACCUUGCAUUGAUGAUGGAAUUGCUUGGAAAGAUACCCCGAAAGAUAGCAGUCGGAGGACUUCGAUCCAAAGAGUAUUUUGACCGAUAUGGUGACCUAAAAAGAAUCCGUAGAAUAAAAAAUACGCCUCUAAAUCGGUUACUUUCUGACAAAUUCAAAUUAUCGGUGAAUGAUGCCCGCGAAUUUGCCGAUUUCUUGAUUCCGAUUCUUGAUUUUGCACCCGAAAACCGACCGACAGCCGAGCAGUGUUUGAAGCAUCCGUGGCUAAACAAAACUCCGGAAUCCGGGAUUGACAAGGUGGAUGGUGUAGGGUAA